AUGUUAACCAAAUCCUCAGGUUUCAAUAUCCCCUUUAAACUUAGGAGUGCAGGGUUUAUAUUCCUUGCGUUACUCUCCUCUAUAGCCCCGGCAUCUUCAAAUAACUCCCUAAUCUCAGCUCCAACAGGUAUAAAGUCUGUAGCUCUCUUUGCCCGUAUUCUAAGCAAAGAUAAAUUCACCCCAGACCGGUACACAAGCAAAAAUGUCGGUGCCUUGAACUAUGCAGGCGUUUACCUAUCCUGGCCACAACCGGAAACAACCUCACUGCCCUUACGCGGCUAUUCAGACCUUCAAAUCAACCAAAGGGCUCUCCAAAAGACAUCGACCUUCCAAUAUGAUACCUGUAAUCAAAUUCUGCGGUUUAAUCCUUCCUAUUCAAGGACCGAGGCGUACUGGCUCUCAUUUGAUUCAUCAAAUACCCAGGGAUCCAUCACCCCAUUGAUUCUCACUACAGCAUUUAUGAGCGCAGCAAGAAUACAGCACCAUAUGGAUGUCCGUAGCUGGGAUCCCUUACUAAGUAUUGGCAUGGAGUACGUUAGUUUCGUUGAUUUAGAUGCGAAUAUUAAGAGAGAUAAAGGAUCCCUUAAAAUUACGAAACCGGUGAAGGAUAUGGUUAACGAUGCUCCGUUAAAAGUUUGCAUCCAAAACAAUAACCUUUCCGCGGGAUUUGGCUUAUAUAUCGCAACAACGGUCAAUACAACAUCCAUAACGAAGAUAGGGGAUGAAGCGGUUACUUGUUCGUCCGCGGAGUUAUAUCUUGAUUAUGGUUCGAAUGGUGGUCAGGGGCCAAAUUUUGAAUCCUAA